AUGGACUCAUUACACCUGACGAGUACUGCUGGUGGUAGUGGUACACAUUUAUCGUCAUUACUAUCAGCAGCAACGCCAGCAACAACGGCGGCAAUAACGUCAUCCCCAGCAAAAGAUCAUCAUAAUUUCUUGCUGCUAAGUCGCAGCUCAGGAAGUGGACAGUUGCGCACAAGUAGAUCUCCAUCGAAUACCCGCAGUUCCGAGCUAAUGUCACGUGAACGGCAUAAACGCGGUGAUAGCACCGAUUCGGCGGGUCACAACGAUCGACUGAUUUUAAGCGGCGCAGCACUGACGUCCUCAACAACCGGUUCGGCAGCGGUGGUGGGUACCACCGGUACACUGGGUGGUGCCGGCGCAUCGGGCACCUCGCUCGCGACAACCACUUCGACGGGCGGUGUCAGCAGCUACGGCAGCAGUACUAUGACUGGUUGUAUUGGUAGUGGCAGCAGUGGCGCCACCGUUGCGACAUUUCGCGGUUUUCGCAGCCAUUCGCCGUCGAGUCGUCGCAGUCGGGAACGCAGCCGCCGUGAAUUCCAGCGAACACAUGGCUCUGAUCAGGGCGGUCUGUUGGCCUACAGUGGUUUGAGUGGUUUUAGUGGUAUCAGCAGCGUUAGCGGUGUUGGUAACGUCGGCGGCGGCGGUGGCGGCGGCGGCGUUGGUGGAUUUAUUGUAGGCGGUGGGGACGGUAGCACACUGGAGAGUAUGGGUGGUAUUGGUGCCGAGGAUUCGCGUCUAUCAGGCAACGAGGAUCUCUGCUAUCAAUCGUUCGCUUCCGACGAACAGGAUGGCACACAGGCUGACGGCAGCAAGAAACAUCAUCGUCGUCAUGAACGAACAUCCAGCUUGCAAGCGCUCGAUCGACUCAACACGAAAAUUCAAUGUACAAAAGAGUCGAUACGGAAAGAACAAACUGCCAGAGAUGAUAACGUAAAUGAAUAUUUAAAGCUGGCGGCUAGUGCCGAUAAGCAACAGUUACAGCGAAUAAAGGCUGUUUUUGAGAAGAAAAAUCAGAAAAGCGCACACAGUAUUUCACAGCUGCAAAAGAAACUAGACAACUAUACGAAACGGGCGAAAGAUUUGACAAAUCACCAAUACGCGAAUAAAAGUCAACAUCGUCAGCCGCGUGAGGUAUUACGCGAUGUGGGCCAGGGCUUAAGAAAUGUCGGUGGUAAUAUACGUGACGGUAUUACUGGCUUCUCCGGUUCGGUGAUGUCUAAGCCGCGCGAAUUCGCACAUUUAAUAAAAAAUAAAUUCGGUAGCGCUGAUAAUAUUAACCAAAUGUCAGAAACUGAAAUCAACAACAUUAACAUGCCCGUCAAUGCUGAACUGAUUGGCAGUUCGACGCCGAGUAAUAACAUAGCAGCCACCUCCACCGGUUCGGGGAAUACGGGUGGCGCGGGUAGCGGUAAAUUUAAUAGUGAUAAUGGCAGUGAAUGCAGCAGCGUUACCAGCGAGAGUAUACCAGCCGGCUCUGGCAAGAGUCAAUCGGGUGCGAGUCAAUAUCAUCUUGUCCUUAAGUCACUAUUAACAGAAUUGGCUGAGCGUAAAGAUGAAAUUGAAAAGCUAAAAGAGCGCGUAGAACGAUUAGAGACUGCACAAAAGGAAUUAAAUAAUUUAACAGCUACGCUCGAAAGCGAACGCUACCGUGCCGAAAGUUUAGAGGAGCAAAUUAACGAUCUAACCGAACUGCAUCAGAAUGAAAUUGAAAAUUUAAAGCAAACUAUUGCCGAUAUGGAGGAAAAGGUGCAAUAUCAAAGUGAUGAGCGACUGCGAGACGUUAACGAAGUACUGGAGAAUUGCCAAACGCGGAUAUCCAAAAUGGAACAUUUAUCGCAACAGCAAUACGUGACCGUUGAAGGAAUAGACAAUUCAAAUGCACGUGCCCUCGUUGUUAAGCUCAUAAAUGUCGUUUUAACGGUAUUACAGGUGGUGUUACUUUUGGUGGCGACAGCGGCAGGCAUUAUAAUGCCAUUUUUGAAGACGAGGGUGCGCGUGCUGACGACAUUCUUGUUUAUAUUCUUCAUCAUAUUUGUGAUACGACAAUGGCCGGAUGUGCAAGACAUCGGUGCUGGACUGAUGCGACAUUUGAAGGAAUCAUUGGUUGUCAAAUGAAGUGGUUCUAAGUAAAUAAAAUGUUAAAAAGCUAUCAGCAUUAGCACAUGAUGGGACAAAAGGUAACGCAAGCAACAUAAGGCAGCGGCCAAAAACAAUUAUGGCAGCAAUACAUUAUGUGAAAAAUAGCAGCAAUUAGUUAAAUAAAAUUUUGUUAAUUUUUAAUUAUUAGCUGUUAGUGGCAUUAGAGAAAUAUGAAAAAUAAUUGCAAAUAAUUACAAUGUUAAUAAAUAAAUAAUAUUAAUUAUAAUAAUGCAUAAUGAAGUAUAGCGUAAUCCUAUAGUUAGCCUUAGAAACAACGGUAUUGUAUAGAAGCACCGCUUUCUUAAGCGAUAAAUGUGUGAAUGCGCGUCCAAGCUAAGAUUUACGUAGAUAACGUUAAGAUAUAGACAUUUUUAAAUUCUCUUUUUUAAUAUGUGAUUGCAGCUUUGUAAAUUUUGUGAAAUCUAUCAUUUUUUAAGGUUAAAUUGUCUAAUAUUCACAAAAUAUUUAGAUAUUUGUAAGAAAUUGUUAGCCUAGCUUCCUGCUAACAACAGUCUGAACGAAUUUCAUCACUUCGCUUUUGACGGAGAAAUUUUAACUUUAUUUUGUCACCUUAAAUGUCCGCUCUCAAAAAAUAGCAGAGAGAGUUCUGUGUAAGAAAAAAGUUGUACUCUUGUGAAUACAAUUAUUUCUCAGAUUUGCAUGUUUGGAAAACAUCAUAAAUCACAUGCGUAUUCAUGCAUUAACUUUUACAAAACUUCAAUUUUGUGUAGGUGAAACAGUUGCUAUUAAACAUAUUAACACUCCCUACAUGAAAAUGUUCCAUUAUCAAACACGCGUUUUAAAAUUUUGAACCCAAUGCUUAUGAUUGGCUAUACAAAAAUUCCUUUAUAAAUUUCCAAUCGAAUUUUCCACCUUAAAAACGUGAUAAUAAGUAUAAAUCGAUAAAUGAAUAUUCCCACUACUUCUUUUUAUUGUUGGCAUCACAAAUUCUUUCCAAAUACCCAAAUAUGAAUACAAUUUUCAAAUUUCGAAACCUUAGUACUAAACUCCCAUAUAUGUAUAUAUAAUACUUGCAUAAAUAAAUAUUACAACUACCGAUAAUAAUACAUAUACAUAAAUGCAUACAUAGGUAAAUGAUGUUGUUGUGUUUAGUUUUUAAGACAGCCGACGCUCAACGCAAAGACGCGCACACACAUGAACGCAAGCGUUGUGUGAAAGCUAAAGUAAUUCUGAAAUAAAUUAAAAAAUAUAUUGUUACUAUGUAAGUUGCUCUUUUCUAUGUAUACAUAUUAUUAGUGAAUACUGGAUUAAAAAAAAAAAUUAUAAUAAUAAUAAUUAAUAUGUAAUUAAUUGACAAAAGUCGUUCAAGUAGGAAAAAAGUAAAGUGUGCAACAAUUUGAGGUCCUUAUUAUAUAUAUAUAUAUAUAUAUAAAUAUUUUAAUAUUGUAUAUCGCAUAUAUUUAAAUAUUUAAAACUAUAUAAUGAAGUAAAAUAAUAUUAAAAUGAUACAGUUUUCAUAAUUUUAAACGGUAGCCGUUAGCUAUAGUGUACAUUAGUAAUGCGUAUUUGCUUUAAUAUUAACUAUUUUAGAUCAUUUUCAAGUGAAAAUAAACUUAAAAAGCAAAGCUUAUUACAGUUCGCAUCAUUUUAUGUCGUAUUUAAAUUAAAUAAAGUAUAUUAAAUAUGUGUACAGGGAUUGAAAUGCGAUGAAGUUUUUGAUUCGAGAUUUGAAGAAGAUUUCUAAAAAAAA